AUGCCAAAUAUCACCCCAGCUGUAUUUCUUUUGAUUCUUCGAUAUAUCUACACAGGAGUUCUUGACCUAACUAAUCAAUCAGGGUUCAACAUCCUUGCACUUCUUGUCGCAGCUGAUGAGUUAAUACCUAAUAAAUUAGUUAAUUAUAUUCAACAUCAUCUCAUUAAUGAAGAAUCAUCCUGGUUGCAAAAACAUCUUGUUAUCAUUUUGCACACGGUUUUUAAGCUUCAAAGUUGCAAGACAAUACAAGAUCAUAUCAUGAAAACUAUCUGCAAGAAUCCAAAAUCAUUCUUUGAGUUAAAAGACUUUCUGACUUUAGACAAAGAUAUCUAUUUGAAACUUGUCAUGAGAAAUGAUAUGGAUAUUGAAGAAAUUGAUACUUGGAAAUAUUUAGUAAAAUUGGGAACAGAACAAUCCGUUACUUCUAAAGGGAAAUCUAAGGACGUCAUUAAUUGGGGAGAGAAUGAUUUUGCGUCAUUCAAAAAAUUUCUAGAUCCAUUCAUACCAUAUAUUCGAUUUCAUGAAAUAUCUCGGAAUGAUUUCUAUUUUCAUAUAAGACCUUAUAAAAAAGCGAUACCAGAAGAUCUUUAUGAAGAUUUGGUGACUUAUCUUAUGGCCAAUAUAACCCCUAAAGUUUCAAAAUUGCCUUCACGUUAUGGAUCUAUUAAUAUCGAUUCUAUGAUAAUUGAAAAAGACAAAGCUGCUAUCAUUACUAAUUGGAUCGAAAAAAGAACAAAUUUUGCUAGGAAACCUGUUUAUCAAUUUAAACUUACUUACCGAGCAUCACGCGACGGAUUUAAUUACGAGAAUUUUAUUCAUAAUAAUUCUAAUGGCGCAAUUCUUUGGUUAAUUAAGAUCUCCGACUCAGAAAAUAUAAUUGGUGGAUAUAACCCUCUAGGGUUGAGAAAUAUGAACUAUAAUUAUAACUAUAAGAACUAUAAUGUUGAUUGUAUGUAUGAGUUUGGAUGUGAUGAAUUUAAUCAUUAUUGUGAUGGUUAUGGAAACGAUUGUGAUUAUAAUGGAAAUUAUUAUGGCAACAAUUAUGAACAAUGGGAAACGACUAAUGACAGCUUUAUCUUUUGUUUUGAAGAUGUAAAAAGUUCUAAUAAUUAUGCACUUAGCCGCGUGAAAAAUCCUUCGACAGCAAUUUAUAGUUAUGACGGAAAUUGGAUGAAUUUUGGAAAUGCUGAUUUGAUAUUAAAUGGUCAGAAUGGAUCUUGUACACAAUGUCAUUAUGAGAAGAAUUUAAAUGUCAAUAAUUUUGUUGUUGAAGAGUUAGAGACUUUUGUAGUGCAAAAAACUUAA